AUGGACUUCAUUCCAGGGCUGUCGAAGGUCCUGGACGAGGACGACUUCCCGGAGAGUGCUGCACUUGUUGCAGAGAUUUUCCGUGGCAACCUGACCAAUUGCGAACAGGUCCCGGAGGAGUUGGUCGAAGCCUUUGGAAAUCAAAUGGUGCGGACAAAGCGUGCGGGCCGCUACGUGCCGUGGUACACCUUCUUCUUGAGCAGCAUCGUUGCGGUCGGUUCGCAAGGCGUGUCGAGGAACCAGAACCUCGUGAUCGAGUGCCUCCAAAAGCACAACGGCAAGAACCUCAUGAACGCAGGCUUGAUGCUCGAUCGCGUUCGACAGCUCAUCCAGAGCUUUACAUCCACGGAGAUGCUGAAACGCCCGUCUCCAGACGGUUGGAGGCCACAAGAUGGCGAGCUGGCCUACUAUGCGAGUUGCUUGGACCUUUUGGUGGGCAUCGCCAAGGGGCGCAGCAAUAACUUGGUCAACAAGCCUUUUGUAUCCGACAUCUUCUCCUCGAUCCACGCUUUGGCGCUCCUCUGCAAGGUUCAGUCUGUGGAAGAUGUGACACCGGUGGCUGUCGUCACUAGGCAUCUUCGCACACGGUGGCUUCACCUGCUCCAGCUGCUGCUGUACGACGUGGACAAGACGCUCUACGACACCAGCUUGAUGUCCAGCCCUGCCCACUUCGAGUUCCUGGAGAAGCUCUUGACAUCUAUGGAGGCUCUCCUGUCUCUCGGACCCGUGCCCAACACACCGCGUACUGUCGACCUUCCAGAGCUGAGCGCGGGGGCUCUCAACAGCAGCAUUGCUGACAUGAUGACUCACAUCCUUAUGCUGAGACGAUGGGAUCUGGACAUGAGCUCCUGGAAGAUUCACAGCUGGCGGCUUCCAACCGGUACACGAUUUGACCUCGGUGCCAUGGCUGGCAUCCAGUUUCCGGCCAAUGAGAAAGGCGACAGGUCUGAGAAAGACUGGCGGCAUCAGCAACUCGGGCAGCAUCUGAACACGCUGGAUAUGUACUAUGCUCAUUUGGACAACCUGAUUGAGUGCACCCUGAGAACGCAGGAUGCGACUGUACUGCAAGACGUUCUGAAGAAAGGCCUCGAGAAGGAGCGCCGAAAACUCUGCAUGUUGCUGCAAGCGCGGGCUAUGGAAUUCGAAUGCGCUGAUGGGAAGAUUGUCCCGCUUAGCCAAGCCAUGGCUGCACCCAGCGUGUACAGGGAAGUGGUACUCCCCAGACCGACUAUGCUCUGCCGUAUGAUGGAAGGUUUCUUAGUGGAGCGGAGCUUGACUCGCAGUGACAAGUGGGCUGGGUAUGGGACGAUGGAACCGGACUGUGCCGCAGCCAUAAAGGCCGGGGCCACCGUCGCCGCUGUCGCAACUCGCCGGCCAAAGCGCUGGGCGGACUUGAUCGCCUUCGCCAGGAAGUCUGGUGGCAAACUGCUUGUGCCUGUACUUGGCGACCAGACUGCCAACGAUGAGGAUCUUGCAGCUGUUGCUGGAGCCGACCUGCUUGCUGAAGCUCCGGCGGUUGUGGACUGGUUGCGCCGGGUCGCAAAGGACGCACCUGGCAAGGUGGGCAGCGCGGCAGAUGCAUGCAUGCACGGUUACGUCCAGAUCUUGCACCUUCCGGCUGUGACGCUGGGCACGUACCUUUAUGCAGAUGGUGAGGCCAAUGCGCCUGGUCGGCACGGGCUCGAUGUACGCCUUACCGUUGCGUCGGACUACGCGGUGGAGGCUUUGAAGUCUCUGGGAACCGACAAAGUGAGCUUUGCCUACCUUGCAAGCUGCGGGACGUCAACGGCGAUUCCCGCAGAGGUGACUCAAAUUGUCUUCGUGGCACGUGGAAUGCCUCUUCGCAUCAGCUGA